CCGCCUCGUGCAGGGCCGCGCCAGGGCAUCCCACCCCCUCUCCCCACCACCCGUCACCUCGUGGCCCCAGCCUCCCCACACGAAGGCAGAAACAGGUGUGGAGGAGAGAACCAGAAAGAGAAUGUGGGACAAUGAGACUCCAUGCGUACUUCUAAAAACAAAAAAAACUGGAGGACGUGCCAGCUAGAGUGGUUGGAAGUGAUGGGGUUAACCUGGGAGAGCUUCGCGGAGGAGAUCAUGGCUCACGUGGACAAAGCAGCCCGCCCGUUGUCCAAAACUGGAUCAACCCUCUAUGCAGUGCUGGAACUUAAGAAGGGUGCUUCACCUGAAGACGUCAAAAAGGCCUACAGCCAUUCCCAUCCUCUCCCACCCUCCUUUGGGUAUUGCUUGGGUAGGAGACUGGCCUUGAAGUAUCAUCCAGACAAGAAUCCAGGGGACCCUCAAGCAGCAGAAAUAUUCAAGGAGAUCAACACAGCCCACUCCGUACUGAGUGACCCUAAGAAGCGGCAAAUUUACGACCGGCAUGGCUCAUUGGGAAUAUAUAUAUACGACCACUUUGGCGAAGAAGGCAUCACAUACUAUUUUACGCUGAAUAGCUGUUGGUUCAAGACGCUUGUCCUCCUGUGUGCUCUGCUUACCUGUUGCUGUUGCUGCUGCUGCUGCUGCUUUUGCUGUGGAACACUUAAGCCACCACCCGAGGAAGCAGCUAAGAAAAAAUAUGAGCCGAAUGUCCAGAAUCAGCCUCCAGGGCCAGGUGCUGACCCAGUGAGGGUGCCUUCUGCUGCCCAGUCCGCUGGACUCGGUGAAGAGAAGAGCAAGUAGCCCUGUCCUGACAUUGACCCUGAUUUUCCCCUCUACUUGUAAGACUCACAUCUUCAGAAGCAUCGAUGGCAUCCAUCCCAGUGAGGAUGCCAUCUUUGUACUUGAUGGUAUAACUGACCCUGGCCAUACAGGGUCACCCAGCUAUUCUUCUUUUUAGCUGCAGUCCCAAUUUUAGUCUGUUAGAGAGCAGCCCUCAUAUCCCUACCCUUGUGAGGUCUUAGGCAGUGAUGACAGUCUUUUCCUGAGCAUUCUUUUUCCUGUGCUUUUCUUGGGAUUUGAGCCAAUGUCAGCUGGUCGGGUCAGCCACUUGCGAUAUCUCUAUCAGGAUCCCGAUAGCCAAGCUGGAUGGAUCCUGUCCUGGAGCUGCCAUAGCAGCUAACCCUUCUUUGUUGCAGUUCUGUGUACCAAGAACUCUGAGUGUCAGCCACGUUCCUAAGCGAGUACACCUUUCUGGGGGCUGGUCUCAUCUUCUUCGGUGCCCAUGCCUUUGGCAUUGCCAGCCUCAUUCCAUACCACAUGAGACAACUCAGGAAAAGUAUCAAUGCAUUUGAGGCUUAGGGGUAAUUAUCCCACCUUUGGAUUCUCCCUGGACUGCGGCUGCCAGCAUAGCACCCAUUAGCAGGGCGCCUGUGGGUUGACUGAAGUUCACACCUCAGUGCCUGCCUGCCUCCGUCCUUUUGACCACAUCUUAUGCAAGCUUAUCCCUAUAUGUUUUGUUCUUAAAACUGGGGCAUGAAACGUGUGAUAGGGUAAAGAUUGCACUUUUACAGACCCUUUCCCCAUGUGUGCCUCAUCGCACUGUCUCUUUGGUAUCCUCAUCACACCAUUUCUCGUCUAUGCAGGGUCAGAGUCUAGUAACUCCUCAAACUUCUCUCUCCUGACUGGGAGAGGGGCUAAGGGAUGUCAGUGAAUAAAAGAGCUUUUGUCCAAUCCCAGUGCAUAUGUUGGGCCCCAAAAAGACAAAUUGUGCCUGGGAUAGAGAAGAAGUAGGAGAAAAAGAUAGAGGGCCAGUGUGCACAUCUGAAACCAGCCUGCCUUGGAGAGCAGGAGUCCAGGACAGCUGUGGAGCUGGGGCAGAGGCUUCCCAGAGCCUUGUGAUGAUGACUUUGUCAGUGCUCUAAAAUUUCCCUGGAGACUGAUUCCCCUGGUGCCCGAAAUAGGUCCCUGGCAUUCAGGUCCUUUCUGCCCUGCUCAGCUACUCUCAAUUUCCUAACAAAUUUAAAGUCCUUGGAUGGCUCCAGUGAUGUGUUCAUGGACCAGAAUCCCACACUUUCUCAGGGGCUUGCUCAUGAGGUAGUUCCAGGCCCUGGCACACCUGCCAGCUCCAGCCUCCUGGGCUUCUUUUCCUAGGCGGAUAUAAGAAAGGUCUGGGCAAAACCAAAAAUGGGUCCAGAAGUGUUGAACCAGAGCCUCUCUCUCAUCUCUGGUGCCCUUGUUCUGAAUCACAGGGUUCAGAGGAAGAGGGCCAAGGUCACUGGCUAAGCCUUAGAGGCAGAAACUUUCACUGACUGUAGGUCUGGCAGGAUCUUUCCUCCCACCCUGAGCCAUGGAUGGUACCUCUCAUACAGGCCGAUUCAGAUUCUGUGUCACUGCCCUGGAAGAGGGGCCCAGGCCAGAGCAUGGGGGUCAGGGGCUUACAGGAGCCCCCUAAGAGCCCCUUUGCUGUCCUACCUUCCACCAUAAGCGGUGAAGCUCACCCCGCCUCUUGCUCAAGGGAGUCACCGUUCCUGAGUGAG